AUGGAUAAGGAUCUUAGAAAGAAUCUUAUUAAAUCACUCGAAGAAAAAACACUUGAAGAAACGCAGCUUAUUGAAAGUGUUCCGGUUGAAUGGAAGACUUACUUCGAUGCUCGUAAGAACUACAGAGAAAAACUAUUCAGAAACAAGUACGAUGGUUCUUUGGGAGAUAUCUUAGGAGAAUUUAAUAAUCUGAUGAAUAGUCUAUCUGAUAAUGAAUUGCAGCAAUUUAUCUUGUUUAACUCAAAGCAAGAUAUUAUUGUUUUCUGUGAAUUCAUGAUCGAAGAAAUCAAUAUCCUAUCCAAAAAUGAUUUGUCUAUAAAUAAAAAAGAGAACUAUGGUGAUUUAUUAGAAGAAACGUCUCUUGUUUUAUCUGAAAAUGUAAAUAGAUACAUUGACAAGGACCGAUUCCAAUAUAAGAAGAAGUUGUACCAUGGGUUACAUUGCGAUAUUGAUAAUUUUAAAGAAAUAAAUAAUACUUAUAAUA